AUCGGCGAAAUGAAGUCCAAAACACAAGCCGACGAGUUGUGCGAUGGUCUUCCUUCUCAAUUUUCUAAAUUUCUGACCUAUUCAAAGGAACUUCAAUUCACUGAAAAACCAGACUAUUGUGGUAUUAGAAACUCAUUCAGGCGUCUCUUAAAGUCUAUUGAGCCUGACGAAGCCAAGUGGAAGGUCGAGUCCAUCGAAUAA